CUUGAUGGAAAUUGACUCUUCUGAUUCAAAACAUCAUACAAAAACUUGAAUUAGUAGUUUUCUCUGUUGUGCAACCAAUAACAACAAAUGAAACACACACAUGUUCUUGUAUGUAAUUAUUCCUGUUACAGACAGGCCUGCUAUGUUAAUAAUUAGCCCAUGUAGGGUUUAUAUCUUAUCAGGGCUCUAGCACUCACUAUUGAGUCUUCUGCGGUGGUUUAGCUUCAAGGCAAUGUCCAUAUGCCGACUCAACUGGUUGGACUCACUAACAGCAACUUUUUUUGUCUUUACAUAUUCCUGUGAAAUCAAGCAUGGCUCUUUCACGGGAUGACUUGAAGUUCUGGAAUAUGUGCAUUAUUUUUUUGGUUUUACCUCAUAUAAAUGUUGGAUUACUAUCUGACUUCAAGAUCUGUGGAGAUUCAGAGUGUGAAAGCCGAAUGAGCAGGGUGCGAGCUGUCAUGGAUCACCAUGGCAAGGACUGUCGGUUCUUGAACUUCCGACAAGGAGACACCAUUUUUGUUUACCACAAACUGACUGGAAAGAGUAACAAUAUUUGGGCUGGCAUUAUUCACAAACAGUUUGGCUAUUUUGUAAAAGAAGCUGUGAAAGAGGAGCAGACAUUUACAACUCAGGAGAUCAUAGUUGAAACACAGGAAUCCGAUUUUUUUUGUAUGGAUGAGUUUGGCUACCCCAUUGACUCCAGUCAUUUGGACACCGAUGGUGAUGACACUGAUCUGAAGGCCCCACCCAAGGAAGCUGAAACAAGGCAUUACACUGAUGCAUCAUCUGGUGAUGUUUCUACAGCACCUGAUACCCCACCAGAAGAAGUAGAUGAAAACAAAAAGGAAGGUGAUGGUGCUGCCAAGACAUACCAGGAGUCCCCUGAAACUCAAAAGUCAUUGAGAGAACAAGCUGGGUCUCUCGCCUCUUCCUGGCUCAGUACUUCAGUGGUUGGAUGGUUUGAUCAAGGAAAAGAGGAGGAACUUGACAACACCAAACAACAGAUGCAGGCUGAAGAUUCAACGACAGGGUGGCUGGGCUUUGGAAAAGAAGAUAAAUCAGAGUCAACCGAAUACAACAUAAACAAUGGACAGCAGGAAAUAAAAAGUGUUGAUUCUUUCACUUCGACAAUGACUGGGUGGCUUGGCUUUGGAGGCGACAAAACAGCAGACUCGACAACAGAAAAAGAAGUAGAGAACUUCAGGAGCAGAAAACUCUAUUUGGAUUUAGACACACAAAAAUUACAAGAGGAGCCUUCUAAAGAGACGGGGGCGUUGGAUUGGCUGGGGAAUGGACUCUCCAGAACACUGGGGUUUGGCCUGAACAACCAGGACACUGGAGACAAGAUACAAGUCAGUAGAGCCGGGAUGGAUGAGGAAGAGAAACAACCAGCAUCUGAUUCUUGGUUUGAUUUGGGGAUUGGAGACAUUUUGGCCUUCAGGAAAGAUAACAGUGAAUCAGGCACAGAAUCUGAUGCUGGUGUGAACAAGGAAGAAACAAGUGCAGUAGAUGGUACAUCUCAGAUUGAUCAAAAAGAUAACCAUCUCCAUAACAGGUUAGAAGACGUAUUUUCUUUUAAUGAUAAGGACAAAGAAGAUAAUUUAGAUAGAACCACCAUUGAUCAGGAUUUUAUUCCCCAGAAUGACUCAACGUUCACUGAGUCUGUGAGUCAAAUUGAGGACUCCAAAAGUGAAAAGACAGACUUUACAAAUGAGGUUGAUGAGGGUUUCUCAGAGAAGAAUCAGGAUCAUGAACCGGAAGAUCAGGAGAACUUGGACACAGCUGGUGAUAACGCAGACACCGAGUCAUACCAUCAUGAGUUCAUCCAGAAAGAAGAACGUAGUCCUCCAAAAUUCACUUCAGACUCCCCCAAAAGUACUCAAACAAUAUCUGAAAAGCCACCAGAGGAGGAAAGGAGGGACACAUACAUUCAAGAUGCCAAAUAUGUGUCUCAGAUGAUGGACUUUUUUAAAGAAAGUGGCUUUGAAUCUUCUCCACGGCUUAAAGUGGAAGAUGAAGAAGAAAAGGAGGACGAGAAGCUGGAGAUUGAAGAAAAGCAGGGGAAGAUGUCACAGUUACAAGAGUAUAAUGAUAAAGACAAGGAAAUGCAGGCUGACUUAGAAGUAUUAGAUGGGAAGAACACAAAAGAAAAUGAGGAGUUAAAAAAGUUGGAAAACAGCAAUAAGCUGGAGGUUGUACGGUUAGAAGAAAUGAAGCAGGAAGAAGUGAUGGACUUAGCACAGACAGUGGAGAAGUCUGAAGCUGAAGACGAAGCAGAUGAAUUCAGAGACAAUUCAAACGAUGAGAAGCAGCGAGAGGAGAAUGAAGAAGGUGGCGAGUUAGUCAAAGAUAUGGAAGAGGCACACAAAUUGUUUGAGAUGAAGGACUUAGACUAUUUGAAGAGGGAAGAGUUGAAAGAGAUGCAGGAGAUCUCAAAUGAGUUAGUACAAAAAACCAAAGAGUUAGCAGAGGAGGAGUUGCAAGCAUUGGAAGAAAAUAAGCGUCAGGAAGAUGGCAAGUUGGAAGAGAUAGAAGACAAGAAGCAGAAAGAAGCAGAGGGGAAGAAGUUGGCAUACAUGAUGUGGCAAGACUCAAAACAGAUGGAGGUGGAUGGGUUUGAGCACAAGAAGUGUGAAGAAAUAAAGACGUUUGCAGAGAAGAAGCAGGAAGAGGAUGAUGAGUUAGUACAGAAGUUAGAAGAUGACAAUAAGGAGUUAACAAAAACACAGAAAUUGGAAGCAUUAAAAGACAAACAGGAAGAAGUGGAAAGGUCCGCUGAAAAUCAGAGUGAGUUUGAACAUGAGAAGCAGGACGAUGUCAACAGAAGUGAUAGGCGGGAUGAUGAAGUAUUACAAAAGAAGACAGAAGAAGAAGUGGAAGACGUCGAAGAGGAGUUAGUGCGGGUAAAGGAUGAUGGAAAAGAGGAAGUUAAAGUGGAGCCAAAGACUGCUGAAGUCAAGGACGAUUCUCAUGAUGUGGCUUAUAGAAGAAAUGCUGAAAACGAAAUGGAAAGUCUUGAAUGUUCUGAUGAACUUUGUACUCAGUCAGAUCAAGAUGGAAACAUCAGAGAUAGAAAAGGACCUCCAGCAAACCUCCCUGUAGAAGACAGGCAGCAUGAUAAAAAUGAAGAAGUUGUUGGAGUUCUCACCGGCACAACUAAGCCCGCUGAUAAUGAUGUGACAUAUUUACAUGACAAAGGUGACGGUGGUCCUCACAUGAGUCCAGAUCAUCUCUAUUCAGUUGAUAUAAUUGAAAAAACAGACAUGUGUGAUGGCAUGGAUGCUAAAUGUGCCAAUGGAAAGAUGACAGAUCCAGUGCCAUCCAAGGUCCAGGUUGAAGAAAAUGAUGUAGUGACACCUGGAAGUGAAGGAAUAUUUGGUCUUUUUAAAAAGGCUGUCAUCUCAUUUGGCCAAAGACCAAUCACCCAAAUAAAAGAAUCAACAGAAUCUGAUGGAAAAACAAGUCAAAUUUCCAAACCACAACCCCUUCAGACUCCUGAACAAGAAGUGGACUCCACAGCAAGCCAUUUUCAAAGAGAGCCAGUAUAUCCGCCAUCUCCAUUGCCAACACCCAAAUUCCAUCCCACUUCUCCACCGAAACACCUCCCCAAACACUACAAGAACGUACAAUCGCAUAUGAGCAUCAAGGAGACGAUUAUUUUGACUGAAUUAUUGGGAAAGAACAAAUUGCAAUUUUUGGAUUACAUUCUUGGCAGUAGAGAAGUUUUUACUGAAGAUGUUCAUAGUGAUGAAUCCAUACUGUUGGAUAUCGAGACACUUCUGCGUUACCACAGGGAGACACAGUUUGCCCCAAACAUGAAACUCUCUGGUCGACCAGAGGAGAAUCAGGACAAGACCGCAACCAUCACUGCAAUUGAGAAACUAGAACUACUGCUGGAAAAAAUGAGACACACUUUCAACACCAGAAAAUCAGACCAUAAAGCUCAUCCAAGCGAAACUAUGGAGGCGGGACCAAGUCAAAGAAUGGGGUUGAUAGAGGGGGAAGAGAUGGAUGAUACCACACUGGGUACUCUUUAUAAGGAAUCACGCAGUCAGACUGAACCACCACACUCACUGAAAGGGUUAAUGGUGCAAAUUCAGGACUUUCUUCAAUGGAUUCACAUGCAGGUCGUGUCAUCACUGCCUGACGACAUCAGACCUGGGCCUGACCUAUAUGGGGUCCCAUGGGAGCCAGUUGUGAUCUCCAGUCUUGUGGGGCUGAUGACACUGUUAUUGUUUGGCUGCAGAUGUUACUUCUCUGUCAAAAGCAGAAUGUAUCGACGUAAAGAGCGGUGGAUGGCUGAGCAGGUUGCACAACUGCUUGACGAGAAAUGUAAAGUCCUUGAGACCCUCAGUGAAUGUCAACUAGAGUAUGAUAAGCUGGAAAACUCACUUAGGGAAAGUGGUGUGUUGGUCCAAACCCAUAAGACAAGAGACCUUGAGGUCAAAGCCCGACAGUUAAACCAUGAUCAAAUUGAACUGGAAGAAGAUCUGAAACAACUAAAAGAUCAGUUGCAUCAGCAGAAAGAACACAAUCUAGCGCAGGAAAAACAGAUAGCGCUCCUUGAGGAGAGCACGAAAACAAUGGAGGAAGAAACCAAGGAGCUCCAAUCACAGGAAGAACAGUCUCAAACAACCCUUAAAGUGUACGCUAUGAACAGUGAUAGACUACAAAGGAACCUGGAAACAGCUGGAGAAGAAAACACGCUGCUACAAGAAAGCAACACUCAGUUAAGGCAGCAGGUGGAAGGAUGGGCAGAACGAGUUAGUGAGCUGGAGCAGGAGAUGAGGAGGUGUGAGAUGGCCCACCGUGUAAUGCUACAGGACGUGGCCAACAAGGAUGAACGUAUAAUGUCCCUCACUGAUCGGCUGCUGGGAAUGAAAGCAUGGGAUGCCGAACUGGAGGGAGACGGAGGUGACACAUCCAAUGGGACUCCAGGGAGAGAAGAAGAGAAGGGAAAGUCAGACAUAACCACUUCACAAGUCCAUCUGCAGAAAGUUCAAAAACUUAUUUAUGCUGCUAAGCUAAAUGCAGACCUGAAGUCAGUAGAUGAAGACAAGGACAGAGUGUUUGCCAAACUAAAUGAUGAAGUAAAAGCUAAAGAAGACUUGGAAGUGAGCAUUAAAGAGUUGGAGACUGAGCAGUUAUCUAUGCAAGCAGACACGGAGCACUACUCAGAAGAGGUACAGCGACUGCAACAGAAACUCCACAUUAUGACUGAAAUGUACCAAGAGAAUGAGCUCAAACUGCACAGGCUGCUGACAGUGGAGGAAAAGGAGCGUCUGCAGAAAGAAGAAAAAUUAAACAAAGCAGACAAAUACAUUGCUCUAGCAAUGGAGGAACUCAACAACUACAGACUUCGUGCGGAGGAGAUGGAGGAAGAGCUGGAGAAAACCAAGCAAUCAUAUCAGACCCAGAUAUCAGCUCAUGAGAAGAAGGCCCACAAUAACUGGCUGGCAGCCCGGGCAGCAGAUAGAGAGCUAGCAGACAUCAAGAGAGAGAACGCCCUCUUCAGGCAGAAGAUUACAGACACGCAGUUUAAGUUGGAUGCCCUCGAAAAAGAUCCAUUUGCCUUGGACAGCCUGGCUAGGCCUUUACCUUUCCGAGCUGAAAGAUUGCCAUAUGGUCCUUCUCCUCUUGGUCGGCCUGCGUCAGAAAGCCGAGCUUUACUUUCUUCUCCCACACUUCUGGAAGGGCCUCUCACCAGACUGUCUCCAAGAGUGUCUCGUGCUCCAGGAGAGCCCCCUGGUGGCCAAGGGGAGCUGGAGCGCAGCGGGGGUCCGCACUCAGACAGUGGUUCAAUUUCUCCUUCAUGGGAAAGAGACCGCAGGGGACCCCCGCCCGGACCACCUGGCCCAUUUCUACCUCAAGGCUAUAUGUUUCCUGAACCAGGAGGUCCAAUGUACAGGAGGCCUGGUCCACCCCCAGGAGUAAUGGGUCCUCUGCCACCUCCAGGUCCUCCUUUUCCCCAUCCAAGGGGACUUUCUACAUCUGGGCCCCUAGGAUCCCUCCACCCUGCAGACAUGACAGAUGGCACAUAUAAAGAAAACAGCCUCGGACUUGAAAUGGAUGACAAAGAGCCUGUUUCGAGUGAUCGAAGGACUCCUCCUGAAUCAGAUCCAAGAACAGGGGUAGCACCACUUCCUGGACCUCCAAUAGACAGUCAGUUUUCUCGAAGAGCCCCCCACGGACCUCCUGAUUUUUACCCUCCCAGAGGACCAGGGGGACCACCCAGGAUGCCGAUGUGGGCUCCUCCACCAGGGAUGAUGUUUCCUCCUCGUUUCCCUCAUGGUGGACCUCCUCCUCCUCACCCGCUGUCUUACGGUCCCCCGAUGCGGCCUCCUCCACCAGAUGGCUUUCUACCUCCGUCCAUGGUUCCUCCUCCAUCACAGCAGAACCUCCCUCCUCUGCCACACAGCCAAUCGCCAGAUGAGCACACAUCCUCUUCUUAAGGUGCCAUUUAAACUUGAUCAUACAAAGUGGCUUCAUCGCCUCCAUCAUUACUUAAUGAUACCUGAAAAGUCCAUAAUGAAUGUCAGUGGAUGGGGGACACCCAGGUAUCAUCAUCAUCGUCCUUGUUUUGUUUUUCCAUGUAUCUACCAGCUACAUUCACUGUAAGACAUUGCAGUCGGAUUCCCAAUACCGGGUCUAAUUUAACUCAUGUGCCUACAUAAGAUUUAGGCUGAUUCUGCCAAAGGUAUCUCAUAUUAUCAGUCGUUGGAGCAUGUUCAUUUUGGUGUGAUGACUGACUAUGAAUGAUAUCCAAUCUAGGGAGCUUGCAGUAGAUGUUGUGACACAUUUUGGUCAUCAGUGAUUUAUUCUUCACUUUCGAUGGAAGAAUACGCUGCUCUGUGGCUGUGUUUUUUUUAAAAAGUUGAAUAAACUGCAACAUGUCCUGAGUGAUGUUUGUAUUGGAAUGACGGACCGUCAACUUAAUGACAAUACAAAACAUGCAAUUCAGGCCAAAUGCGAUUGUUGCAUGGAUUUUAUUACCAACUUUACAGGUUUCAUGGUGUCAUUAUGUUAGACUGAAGUGAGUUCCUUGCAAUUUUUCAACUGGUCUUAAAAUUUUGAUCAGGAGUGUACAGUAUGUAUACUGGCUUCUGUGAAUAAUUAUACAUCAGUACUUUCAAAUGUUAUUUGUGAAUUUUGUAAAAAAAACAUAAAUAUUGAAAAUACAUUGGUCUCUCCAUGGACCCAAGUUUGGAAUACCUUAUUUUGUUAUACACAUUUAGAAUUUGGGCUGAGCUUCAUUCUAAUAUGUAGCAACCGUCAAUGAUAGAGGAUAAUCAAAUGUGUAUGUUGAUUGUUUAAAUUGUCUUUUUAAAUCUACAUCUAAUUCAAAGAUGAAUAUGUUUGAAGUAACUAACUAGCUGUAGUUGUAUACAGUAUAAUUCAAAUAAAUGUCAGUCCAACAUCUCAUAUAUAUGAACAUUUAUCAUAAAGGUAGUUAUGUUUUUUUGUUGUUGUUAUUGGUAGAUAAGGGAGCAAAGGACUGACAAUUAUUUUACGGCAUGAUAAAAGCACCAUGGUCCCAACUUACACAAGUGUAAGUUACACUCAUUCCAUUACGAGACAUAACACAAAAAUUAAAAAAACAAAUCAUUUAAUAGGAAAACAUCCCAUCAACAAGAACAUUUUUGCUUGAUACAUAACAUCACAAACUGUUAAACAAAUGCCAGUAUCCACCAACAUCAGCGUUAAAAACACAUUAAUUUAUAAAAUCAAUACAAUUAAAUGAUUUGUACUCAUCAGUGAACAUUUAAACAAGUAUCUUCACCUGUUUGGUCUCCUCACUGCAGGCUUUAAAGAAAAAUAUUUGUUUUGGAAUAUUUCAGUACAUUUGGGAUAACCGAGAGAGCAGAGGUAGAUACUGUAUGUACAACAUGAAACACUUUGUUUGAACUGACUAUCAAAUUUCAGGGAUGAGUUAGGAAUUCAAAUGGAGUGAUUUCAAAUACUGUACUUUCAAAACAUAACAGAAGGUAAAUGGAGACUUAAAAUGUAAACACAGCAGAAGGUCAAAUAAUUAAGAAUUUUGGACCUGAUGUGGUUUGAUUUCUUUGAGUCAAGAAUUCUUCCACUGGAUGCUUACUCCAAAAACACCAAAUGCUGAGUCGUUUUUUUAAUAUUUAAAGAAAAAACAGCCUGCAUCUCAGCUUUGUGUUUUCGGCGACAAAGCAUAUUAUUAAGUACUUGUCCUUACGUUACACGUUUGUGCUUGUUUCUCUAAUUUUGCUGUAUUUAUUUUACACAAAUAUUUCACUUCUCAACUUUUCUUCUCAUACAUUUUUUCCCUCUUGAUAUAACUAAUAUUUUGUCUUCAUUUUUGUGAAAUUACUUCACUUUUUUUUUUUUUUUUAGUUUUCUUGUUUGUAUUGUAUGUUUAGAAUGUGCCGAGGGCCAAUGUAAAAGCGACAGGCCGCCCUUUGGACACCCCUGCAUUACAUAUAUAAAUAUUCACCAAGACUCACUGCUGAGCAAAAUACUCAGCCAAAUUGUUAAAUAUGUAAUUUCAUUUGACUUCUAGUCAUUAAAAAAUAAUAA